AUGGCCUUGGUCUAUCGACCAAUGAUGCAAUUAAGUGGCAUACUAGUCUCUCUAUUGGGAUGGGUCCUAUCCUGUCUUACUACCUAUUUACCCCAAUGGAAAAAUCUUAACUUGGAACUGAAUGAACUGGAGAUCUGGACCAUGGGACUCUGGCAAGCUUGUGUUGUCCAGGAAGAAGGGGGAAUGCAGUGCAAGGACUUCGAUUCUUUCCUAGCUUUGCCUCCAGAGCUCAGGAUUUCUAGGAUUUUGAUGUUUUUUUCCAAUGGAUUGGGGUUUUUGGGCCUCUUGCUCUCAGGAUUUGGGUUGGACUGUUUGAAAAUUGGUGAAAGACAACAGGAACAAAAGAAACGGCUGUUGCUGUUUGGAGGAUUGCUCUUCUGGAUAUCGGGGAUUACAGCUAUUGUCCCAGUUUCUUGGGUUGCCCAUUCCACAGUCCAGGAAUUCUGGGAUGAGAAUAUACCAGAUAUUGUUCCCAGGUGGGAUUUUGGGGAAGCGUUAUUUGUUGGCUGGCUUGCUGGAUUUUGUCUUAUAUUAGGAGGAUCCCUACUCAAUUGCACAAUCUGUUCAACUGAAGUCCAUCCAUCUUCGGUCCAUUACGCAGUACCAGAACACCAAGAUCAGUGUCAACAUGUGGAAACUGAAACUAGGCCUUAA